UCUUGAUCUGUAUUGAUGUAUGAUUAUUUACAUAUACAUACAAAACAAAAUCAAUCAAAGCAUGCAGAAAUAAAAAUCUUUAAAUUGCCCGGCAAAAAAAUAAAACAACACACCGCCACCGCUCUACAUUCCUCAAAAACCCAACCAGGCCAGAUCUCCAGAAUUCCUUGCAAGAUCCACCAAACCAGCAAGCCGAUCGAGAAGGAUGUGCCAGUGACAGUGCCAUUACUCGUAAGGGUACUGGAAGUCGUCAGGUCCAUGGGGUUUGGGGCUGUGAUAUUUGUAUUAUUUGUGGUGGUGGGCGGCGGCGGAUGGAGGGCGGAUUGUUUCGAGAUCGAUCAAUUGUUUGGUGCGAAUCGGUCAGAAACGUCGGUUCUGGAGUCGAUGUCGUAUUUGGAAUCAGUGUAUGGAGUUUCUGCUUCGGCUGCUCCUCCCAAUGCUCUCAUGGUGGGUCUUACUCUUGUUCAAGGAGCUGCUUCUAAAGGGGCUGUAUGUUUGGAUGGAUCAUUGCCCGGUUAUCACUUGCAUCGCGGGUUUGGAUCAGGAGCGAAUAGCUGGCUCAUCCAGUUGGAGGGCGGAGGAUGGUGCAAUAACAUCCGAUCUUGCGUUUACCGUAAGAAGACGCACCGCGGAUCCUCAAACUAUUUCGAGAAAGUAAUUCCAUUUACAGGAAUACUUAGCAGCAGGCCCCAAGAGAAUCCAGAUUUUUUUAACUGGAAUCGAGUCAAGAUUCGCUAUUGCGAUGGAGCCUCCUUCGCUGGUGACAGUGAGAAUAAGGCUGCAGGGCUGCAGUUCAGAGGGCAACGAAUAUGGCGAGCCGCAAUAGAAGACCUGAUGUCAAAAGGAAUGAGGAAUGCUAACCAAGCACUUCUUUCGGGUUGCUCUGCUGGCGGCUUGGCUUCCAUACUACAUUGUGAUGAGUUUAGAAGUUUGUUCCCCGGACGAACCAGAGUGAAGUGCCUCAGUGAUGCUGGCUUAUUUAUGGACUCCCCUGAUGUUUCUGGCGGACGUACUCUCAGACAUUUCUUUAGCGGCGUUGUUAGUUUACAGGGCGUCCAAAGAAACCUGCCAGGAUGGUGCACGAGCCGUCUUGAUCCAACAUCUUGCUUCUUCCCUCAGAACUUAAUUUCGAAUGUGAGAACUCCUCUGUUUAUUCUGAAUGCUGCCUACGAUUCAUGGCAGCUCCAAGAAAGCUUGGCUCCUCCCACGGCUGACCCUCGCGGUAUUUGGCAUGACUGCAAGCUCAACAACGAACGAUGCUCUGUGACACAAAUCCAGUUUCUGCAAGGUUUUAGGAAUCACAUGCUGAAUGCAAUAAAAGGGUUUGCGGCGUCGCGACAAACGGGGUUGUUCAUAAAUUCUUGCUUCGCGCAUUGCCAGUCGGAGAGACAGGACACGUGGUUUGCUCCCAACUCCCCGCUCGUUCACAACAAGGCUGUGGCGACGGCUGUAGGAGACUGGUAUUUCGAUCGGACAAAUGUCAAGUCCAUCGACUGCGCUUAUCCGUGCGAUCGCACGUGCCACAACCUCGUAUUCAGAUCAUAGUGUGGCGUGUAUGCAUGUAAGCUCUACCUAUUAAUUCUAUUCUUGAAUCUUGAUUAGGUUCGACGUGCGAAAGAAAGAAUAUUUAUUUAUUACAUGAUUUAUGAACGUGAGAAUUAAAUAACACUCUCCAAAUUUGCAUGGGAGGUAAUGCAAUGCGUAUUCACGGCUCUUGAAUGUAUUGAUACAGUAAACAGGAAUCUUCAUUACUUCUUGUUUCCUUUU